CUUAUAUAUAUACUCAUGAGACAUGUGUUCUGCUCCUCAACCUUAAUCAGUAGCCAACAACACACAUAAUACAUAUUUGCAUAUCAUUCUCUUCCUUCUUCACUCACUACUUAGCAUACUAAUACUCAAAAACUAAAAUAUCUACUACUUUAAUUAAUUGAGUUAGCAUCCCUCAAACAAUGUCUAGAACUCUAAGAAUGCAUGCAUUAAUGCUCUUUACCUUCGUUCUAAUUCUCUCAGUUUCAACAUUGGCAUCAUCAACAUCAUUGAAAGUUGGUUUCUAUAAGACAACAUGUCCAUCAGCUGAGGCAAUUGUGAGAAGAGCUGUAAACAAAGCUGUUUCACUUAACCCCGGCAUCGCUGCUGGUCUCAUAAGAAUGCAUUUUCAUGAUUGCUUUGUCAGGGGAUGUGAUGGUUCUGUAUUAUUAGAAUCAACACAAGGAAAUCCAUCUGAGAGAGACCAUCCUGCAAACAAUCCAAGCUUACGUGGCUUUGAAGUAAUCAACGAAGCUAAGUCACAAAUAGAAGCUGCAUGUCCAAAAACAGUGUCAUGUGCAGACAUUCUUGCUUUUGCAGCUAGAGACAGUACUCACAAAGUUGGCGGCAUAUAUUAUACAGUACAAUCAGGGCGCAGAGACGGUCGGGUAUCGAUCUUCGACGAAGUGACACAAAAUCUACCAGGACCAUCUUUCAAUGCAAAGGAACUUAUCAGUAAUUUUGGUAGAAAAGGUCUUUCAGCAGAUGAAAUGGUGACACUUUCUGGAGCUCAUUCUAUUGGUGUUUCGCAUUGUUCUUCGUUCUCAAACCGUUUAUACUCUUUCAAUAAAACUUUUUCACAAGAUCCUUCUAUGAAUCCUAAGUUUGCUGAGUUGUUGAAAUCCAAGUGUCCACCACCACAGACACAAACACAGAGUGAUCCAACGGUGGUGUUUGAUGCUUCUACGCCUAAUCGUUUGGACAACAAUUACUAUUUGAGGUUACAGAAGCAUCGUGGUUUAUUAACCUCAGAUCAAACUUUGGUUAGCAGUGGAUUAACUAGGAACUCGGUGUUAAGAAAUGCUAAACAUGGUUCAAGGUGGGGAGUGAAGUUUGCUAAGGCAAUGGUGCAUAUGGGUUCCUUAGAUGUGUUGACAGGUUUUGAAGGUGAGAUUAGGGAGCGUUGCAACGUUGUUAAUUUUAAUUAACUGCAUUAUCAGCUUCUUGAUCUUCUAAACAUUUAUCCAGAGAUGCAAAGAUAUAUUCUUAUAUUUGUUUAUUGUGAUUAAAAAAAAAAAAGAUGACUGGUUCAAUCUUAAUUUGAUAAUACUUUUUUUGUUUGUUUGGAAUUAUUCUUAGUGUGUAACUGUUUGUACUCUUCAACAAUUCAAGUGUAUAUGUUCAAUCUAGUGUAAUGAAAAGUGUAAAAGUAGUGAAACUACUUUGUUUGAAUUAUAUAUGUUGCAUCCUUUCAAAGUUUACUGUUUAUAUAUUUUGUUA